GCGUAUAGGGAUGGGGAUGGGGAAGCAACAAAACCAUCAGCAGAUAGAAACAUCAGGAAUAGAAAUAUGCACCAUAACAUACACUCAAGAAAAGGAGAGAGAGAGAGAGAGAGAGAGAGAGAGAGAGAGAGAGAGAGAGAGAGAGAGAGAGAGAGAGAGAGAGAGAGAGAGAGAGAGAGAGAGAAAACAACAACAACAACAACCGAGAAGGUGGUGAUUCUCACAUUAGUUUGUGGAGCAGAGGGA